AUGGAUCGGGUAAAAGGCAAAGUUUGCGUGACUGGGGCUUCCGGUUUCCUGGCUUCUUGGCUGGUUAAACGCCUUCUCCUGUCUGGUUAUCAUGUCAUUGGAACAGUUAGAGAUCCAGGAAAUGAGAAGAAAUUAGCGCACCUCUGGAGGCUGGAAGGAGCCAAGGAGAGACUCAGAUUGGUGAGGGCUGAACUAUUGGAAGAGGGCAGCUUUGACGAUGCAAUCAUGGGCUGUCAGGGUGUCUUCCACACUGCUUCUCCCGUAAUAAAACCUUCAUUUGAUCCAAAGGCAGAAAUCCUGGAACCGGCUGUGAAGGGCACAGUGAAUGUGCUACGCUCAUGUAAGAAGAACCCAUCUCUGAGGCGUGUAGUUCUAACAUCGUCUUCCGCAGCUGUGAGGGCUAGAAAUGAUAUUGACCCAAAAGUACCCCUUGAUGAGUCAUCUUGGAGCUCUAUCGAACUCUGUGAGAUGUUGCAGAUUUGGUACGCUCUAUCAAAAACCCAAGCUGAGAAAGCUGCAUGGGAGUUUUGCAAUGAGAACAAGAUUGAUCUGGUUACCAUCCUUCCCAGCUUCGUUCUUGGACCGAGUCUGCCACCUGAUUUAUGUUCCACUGCAUCUGAUGUCCUCGCCUUGCUGAAAGGGGAAACAGAAAUUAAGUGGCAUGGAAGGAUGGGAUAUGUUCACAUUGAUGAUGUUGCACUUUGCCAUAUCCUUGUUUACGAGCAUGAAGCUGCAAAUGGGCGAUACCUUUGCAGUUCAACCGUGAUCGACAAUGACGAAUUAGCAGCAAUUCUAUCAGCGCGUUAUCCAUCACUCACUGUACCAAAGAGAUUUGAGGACGUAGACAGACCGUACUAUGAAUUCAAUACCUCCAAGAUAAGAAGUUUGGGGUUCAAUUUCAGGCCCAUUGAAGAAAUGUUGGAUGAUUGCAUCGAGUCACUGGUGGAGCAGGGCCAUCUAUCAUCCACGAAUCAAAUCAAACAGUUUUCAAGAACAUGACCCAUAGUUGGGAACCGUGACUAUGUUCUCAUGUCUUACUUAUUUCUGCAUGUUCUGAUGGCUAUGGUUCUGGUUCUUUUUCUGUUGUUAGUGCAGGUUUUUUGGGUUCAAUUGUAUAUCGGAAAGAGAUCCUCUUAUGUUUUUGCAGGACAGGAAGGGGAUACUGGUGUUUUUGCUACCAGUUUGUGAAGAGAGGGUCAAAACUGAUCUCCCAUCAGUCUUCGACUCCCUUUGAUUGU